UUUUCUAAUCAAACAAAUAUUUCAACUCAAUUGAAAUUGGCAAAAGAAAAACCAAACAACUUGUUCUUUCCUACUACUACUAUUACUACGAUGACUUCGGAAGCUAAUCCAAAUAAUGAUACGCCCGAUUAUGCCAUAUUUUGUGGCAGCAUUGGUGCGGCAUCGGCAAUUAUAUUUUCAACACUUGGUGCCUCAUAUGGGACCGCCGUCUCGGCUAUGGGCAUUACCCAAAUGGCUGUCGAUCGCCCGGAUUUGAUUAUGAAAUCCAUAAUACCCGUUGUAAUGGCUGGCAUUAUAGCCAUAUAUGGUCUGGUUGUCUCCGUUCUCAUUGCUGGCUCGCUGGAUCAAGACUAUACCAUACAGAAGGGCUAUAUACAAUUGGGUGCCGGUCUAGCUGUCGGACUUGCCGGGCUUGUGGCUGGCUUUGCCAUUGGAAUUGCCGGAGAUGCUGGCGUACGAGGGACUGCCCAGCAGCCACGUCUGUUCGUUGGCAUGAUACUGAUACUGAUCUUUGCUGAAGUCUUGGGUCUAUAUGGGCUAAUUGUGGCCAUUUAUUUGUAUACCAAGUUGUGAGCUGUUGCUUGGUCAUUAAAUAAAGUUUCACGGUCCUCCAUGGUUUCUCUUCCCACAAUCUUUUUGUAUUUAAAAGACUAUAUUUUUAAAAG